GAAUGAAAGAUUUCUCACUCAACAAAACAUUGUUUUGAAUUCCCCCCACCAGAGGUAAGGUUUACAAAAAGGCUUUGUUGAGAUUUAAAUAUUUGGUCCAUCGAGUCUAAAAAAGAGCUCAGCCAAAUUAAAAAGCCCUGAUAUUAUUAAAAAUACAGGCAAAUAAAGUAAAGUAAGCCCUGCUAUUUAUGAAAAUACAGGCAAAAUAAAAAACAAAUAAAACAUUGAGAAGAAAUUAUAAGACGGGUCAAUAUUCCCGCGUAUUUAUAUAAUCACAUAAGCCGUUUUAGUAGGAAACUAAACGCUGUGUUAAAAACUGUAUUCAAAAAAAAAUAGUCAGCGGCUGUGAAUCGAGGCACAGCAAGGUCAACCGGGCGACCAAAACAAUUACCUCCAGCGAUUUUUUUUGAAGAAAAAGUACAGUUUAGUAAAAAAAAAAUAUUAAUUAAAAAUGUCGAACACUGCGGACAUGUUGCAACGUCAAAUGGUGCUGCAAAGUGAAAUUUCAGCACGCUGCGAUCAAAAUAAAUUAGAGGAUGUUAAGGUGCUAUGGAGCGAAUUCCACAGCAACCAUGUAAACUUGGCAGGGAAAGUAGCGCCGAAUCAUGAGUACUUCGCCAAAAAUGUGUACGAAAAAUUGCGGCAGAAAUGCGAAGCUGCACAUAGUAGAGCUGAGGAGCUCAAAAUGGAACGUGCAACCCAAGAGACGGAGAUAGGAGCAAGGGCAAUAAGCCCAACAAAUAAAAUGAUAGACGAUAUAGAGCAGGCAAUUGAAAGAAGAUCGGAAAGAAUUCGAUCUACAAUUGCAGAGGUAAAGAUAAAAGCAAAUACUGGAGACGAAACUGACAUCGAAUUUUACGAAAACCGUCUCAAGGUUUUAUGGAGCUACAUGGAGAAAAAUAUCGACGAAUUGACGAUGAAGUACAACAAGCCAUGUAAUAUUUUAGAAUUAGAAGAUCUUUCCUUUGAAGUCACCGAUACUUUGCGGGUAUUAAAAAAACAAAAGGAAAUGAACUUGGAAAUCAACUUAAAAAAAACGGAAAAAUUGGAAUUACCAAAAAUAGAACUGCAAAAAUUCUCAGGCGAAUUCCGAGAAUGGCAACAAUUCAAAGAGCUCUUCGAGGAAUAUGUCCAUAAUAAUGAGGACAUUAGUGACUCCAAAAAGAUGAGUUAUUUAAAAUCUUGUCUGCAAGGAGAUGCUAAACUGAUGGUUAGUCACCUGAUAACGGGAUCAGGUGCAAAUUACAACACUGCUUGGGAAUUACUGGCACGCAGAUAUGAUAACGUGCGCAAACAAUUUAAUGACAAUAUUGAAAGGCUAGUAGAAAUACCACAACUGACGGAUGAGUCAGCAUACAAAAUGAAAAAAUUCCUAGAUGUAACAAAUGAAUGCAUCAGUAUAAUAAGGAAUAAAGGAACGUUGGAGGAAGUGUUAGCACAGCUAGUGUUGAGAAAAUUUUCUAAACAGCUACUUCGAGAAUAUGAAAACACCGUUCGCAAACCGACUGAAAUUCAAGAUUUGUCGGAAGUAAUUUCAUUUUUGGAACAUCAAUACAGUACCCAGAACGCUAUGCAAGAAUCGCAAAGAUAUCUAUCUCGAGGAAUAAACUUGCAACAACAGAACCAAUGUUAUAACUCCACAACAGAAACAAAGAAACCAUCAGGAAGGACAAGUUUUCGUCAAAGUUGUAAAGGUUGCCAAAUGCAAGGACAUGACAUACUUCGAUGCGAUAAAUUCCAAAAAUUAAAUGUCGAACGUCGGUUAGAAGUAGUGCGCAAACAUCAAUUAUGCUUUAAAUGCUUAGGACAACACACAUCAAAAAGUUGUUUCAGGACUUGGAAAUGUAUGGUAUGCGAUAAAUCACACAAUACCUUACUACAUGAAGACAAACCAAGUCAAAAAAUAUCAUCAAAUAUGGCUAAACAGAAAGGAGAAGACACAUUUUUAGCGACAGCAAUAAUAAAAGUGGUAACGCCAAAAGGAGAGUUGGAUUUAAGAGCCUUGAUUGAUAGUGGUUCUCAAAAAACUCUAAUUUCUGAAGAAGGAGUUCAGAUGUUAGGGUUACCGAAAAUAAAGGUAACCACCGAAAUAAGCGGCGUCUCAGCGGAAUGCGUGGAAGUUUCACGGCAUAAAGUACGACUGGAAAUAAAACCCAGAUUUAAUAGCAAGUUUAUAGCAGAAACGGAAGCUCUAGUGUUAUCUAAACUGCAUAAAGCACUUCCAAUAAACAAAUUUGAAAAGAAGGCGUAUAUAUGGAAGAAUAAAAUACUAGCGGAUCCGAAUUUCAACAAACCAAGUCGCAUUGAUGUAGUAAUUGGAGCUGAUUUGUACCCAAAAAUAAUGAAAAAAGGUAUAAUUAAAGCUGAUGGAUUACUAGGUCAAGCUACAAUGCUGGGUUGGAUUGUCUCUGGUAAUAUUGAAAGAUCCAGAAGCAAAGAAGUAGUAGCAGCUAUGACAACAUUUAAACUAGAUGAUUUAGAAAGAUUCUGGGAGAUGGAAAAGGAUGAAGAGGAGCCUACUCCAGAAGAUGCAAUAUGUGAAGAAAAUUAUAUUCAGACGACAACACGUGAUUCAAUAGACGGGAGAUUUAGAGUAGCCAUUCCAUUUAAAAAGGUGAAAGAGCUUGGAGAAUCUAGAAAGACAGCAGUUGCACGGCUGAUGAGUAUGGAAAGGAAAUUUGAUGCAAGAAAAGAUCUAAAAGACGACUACACAAAUUUCAUGCGGGAGUAUCAAAAGAUGGGACAUAUGAAGGAAGUUGAAAAGAUGGGUCAAGGUAAAUAUUACUUGCCCCAUCAAGCUGUAAUUAAAAAAGAAAGCACCACAACAAAACUAAGAGUAGUAUUUGACGCUUCGGCAAAAACUACAAAUGGUCACAGUUUAAAUGACGUAAUGCUAAUCGGACCAAGAUUACAAAAAGAUAUUGUAGAUAUCAUUGUAAAGUGGCGUAUGUGGCGUUAUGUAAUGAGCGCUGAUGUCGAAAAGAUGUAUCGGCAAAUAAAAAUCAGAGAGGAAGAUCAAGAAUACCAGUACAUUGUAUGGAGAGAAAAUCCACAGGAGAAAAUAAAAGAAUUCAAACUUACAACAGUUACAUAUGGUACAGCAGCAGCACCAUUUUUAGCAGUGAGAACAUUACAAGAGAUUGGUAACAUUUACUGCAAAGACAAUAAAAACGUGCAUGACGUCAUUAAUAACGAUUUUUAUAUGGACGAUCUCAUGACAGGCGGUCAUACUAUUCAGGAAUGUAAAGAAUUACGAGAGAAAUUGAUACAAGCUUUACAGAGUGCAGGAUUUCAUUUAAGAAAAUGGUUAUCAAAUAGUCCCGAAAUAAUUGAUAAUCUUAAACGGGAAGAUAAUGAAAUUGUUCAAAUCGAAGAAACGGAUUCAGUGAAGACAUUGGGGUUGCAAUGGGAACCAAAACGUGACUUAUUUAAGUUUAAAGCAGCAGCUCAACAGAUAAAACAAAUUACAAAACGGUCAAUACUAUCACAAUUGGCAAAAAUAUUUGAUCCGCUUGGUUGGCUUGCACCAGUAACAAUUGUUGGUAGAUGUUUUAUGCAAAAACUUUGGUCAACGGGUGGAUCUUGGGACGAGCCGUUAAACAAAGAAAUAGAAGAAGAGUGGCUGAAAUUUGCUAAACAAUUAGAUAUGUUAGAUAAAAUAACUAUUCCACGCUGGAUUGGUACAUAUAAUAACAUUAGUUUGGAAUUGCAUGCGUUUGGAGACGCAUCUGACAAAGCAUAUGCAGCAGUAAUUUAUGCAAAAGUGGGCCAGCAAGUAACACUGUUGCUUGCCAAAAGCAAAGUAAACCCUAUUAAAAAUAGGAAAACAAUACCCAAAUUGGAACUUUGCGGUGCACAUCUAUUGGCUAAAAUAUUAAAAAGAACCAAGAAGACAUUGAACUUACAGUGUAAAAUCUAUGCAUGGAGUGAUUCGAUGGUUACAUUGGCAUGGAUUCAAAACAAAAACAACAAAGAGAAGUUUGUACGCACCAGGGUAAACGAUAUAAAUGAGAUGAUUCCAGAAGCUGAAUGGAGGUACGUCAAAUCAAGUGAAAAUCCAGCAGAUAUUGCAUCAAGAGGGACAUCACCUGAAAAAUUACUACAACACAGUUUAUGGUGGCAAGGACCAUCAUGGCUUCAAUUAAAUACAAAUCAUUGGCCGAUAAGAGUAGAAGAAAAAAUAGUUACUACAACUACAAUAACGGAGGAGAAAAAUUUCUCCUCGAUGCUACAAAAAUUUUCAGACCUUGGAAAACUAAUUAGAGUGAUGGCUUACGUGAUGCGAUUCAUAAAUAAACUUCGAAGAAAAAGGAUAACAACAGAUUAUUUAACAGUAGACGAGCUGCAAUUGGCAAAGAAGAAAGUAAUUAAAAUACAACAAAAUUUAAAUUUUUAUGAUGAAAUACGACAAUUAAGAAACGGCAAGGUGUUGGACAGAAAAAACAAAUUAUCAACAUUAUAUCCUUUUGUAGAUGAAGAUGGCAUAUUAAGAGUAGGAGGAAGACUGCAAAAUUCUGAAAUCUCUUAUAACACUAAACAUCCCAUCAUACUUACAAAUUGUGAUUUAGCAAAGUUAAUCAUCCAGGAAGCACACAAGACAACAUUACAUGGUGGUAUUAAUUUAAUGAGAACACACAUCAGAAAUGAGUAUUGGAUCAUUCGCAUAAGGAGUCAACUAAAACAGUAUGUGAGAAAGUGUGUACGUUGUGCUCGAUAUAACCAAGAAGUGAUGACACAAUUAAUGGGAAAUUUACCACCAUGCCGAGUUUUACCCAGCCAUCCAUUUAAUAAUGUCGGAGUGGAUUAUGCUGGGCCGUUUCAAAUACGUUGCUCAAAAGGUAGAGGCCAAAAAUCAUACAAAGGAUAUAUUGCUGUCUUUGUAUGCAUGGCGACGAAAGCAAUUCAUCUUGAAGCCGUAAGUGAUUUAUCAACGGAAGCGUUUUUAGCUGCACUGCGACGUUUCUUUGCAAGAAGAGGAAAAAGUACCAACAUAUAUUCAGAUAAUGGUACAAACUUUGUUGGAGCAGCAAAAAUUUUGGACAAAGAUUUAAAACUGGCCAUUACAAAUAAUAGAGUUAUUGCACCAAUAAUGGAAAAAGAAGGAAUAAAGUGGCAUUUUAUUCCCCCGGCAAGUCCUCAUUUUGGAGGAGUUUGGGAAGCAGGUGUUAAAUCUAUGAAACACCAUCUUAAGCGUAUCAUAGGAGAUAACACUCUUACAUAUGAAGAGUUAACUACACUGUUAACACAAAUUGAAGCCGUUUUAAAUUCACGCCCACUGUAUACAACUGGAGAAGGUUAUGAAAACGACAGUAUACUUACUCCAGGGCAUUUUCUAAUUGGAAGACCUUUAUUGAGUGCACCAGAACCAUCUCAAGAAAGAAAUUUGUCGACAUUAGAUAGAUGGAAUUUUCUUCAAAAAAUGAAAUGCCAAUUUUGGAAGAUCUGGAAAGAGGAAUAUUUACAUACAUUACAACAAAGGUAUAAAUGGAAGCAACCGAUGAACAACAUCAAAGAAGGACAAAUUGUUUUGAUAAGAAACGAGACUUCUCAUCCAGCUAAAUGGCCGAUAGGAAAAAUUACUGAAAGGCAUAAAGGAUCUGAUGGAAUGGUGAGAGUUGUAACUAUUAAGACGCAAGAUAGUACAGUGAAAAGGCCUAUCAAUAAAAUAUGUCCACUUUACUCCGAAGAAGAAGAGAAAAGUGUCGAACAAGAAAAGAGAAAAUCCUAUAGAAGCAAGAGAAUAAACACUAUUUCAAUAGUAACUUGCAUGCUUUUAUUAAUGCAAACAGCAGCAGCAACAAUGACUAGUGGAGAUAUUCAAAUAAAUGAGAUACCAAGCAAAAGUGCAAUAUAUCUCGAAAAAAUUGGUAUGAUCGAUAUAGAGAUGUCUACGUGGAAUUUGGUGGUGUAUUACAACAUGGAGCCUUAUUUCAACCAGAUAAAAGGAAUAGCUGACUAUAUCGGAAGACUGAAAAAACAGUGUCAUCUACUCACCAACUUCGAAUCAAGCUGUGAAAUGAUGAAUUCAGCACUGGAAAAACGGUUUAAGGCAUUAGAGAUGGAUAAUGACCUUUUGCUACAACCAAAAAGGACACGUCGAGCACCUUUUGAGUUUGUAGGAACUAUUCAUCACAUUCUUUUUGGAACGAUGGAUGCAGAUGAUCGAAAAGAGUUAGAGAAAGACCUAACUAAUUUAUUAGACAACGAGAAGAAUUUAAAACAAUUGAUUCAGAAGCAAACGUCUGUCAUUGAUUCAUCGUUGAACAUUAUGAAGAAAUCGCAAGAAGAAGUGCGAGAAACUUUCAUAAAGAUGAAUGGACAAUUGAAUUUAUUCUACUCAGAAUUAAUAAAAAAUAUCAACGCCGAGAAAAUGGCAUUAAUUUAUCAAAUGAUGGUAACACAACUCAGUAUGACGUUGACAGAAUGUCAAGAUAUUCAAUCGUCAAUUAUCAAUCUGUUAAUUGAUAUUAACCAUGGACAUUUAAAUCCACAACUUUUACAACCAUUUCAAAUGCGCGAAGAAAUAUAUAAAAUUAAAAAUGAGCUAUCGCCAAAGUUAACACUUCUAGGAACCGAAACAAAUGAAAUACUAAAAAAUAUUUAUAAUCUUAUGAGAGGAAAAGGAACUAUAAUGAAUAAUAAGGUAGUGAUCAAAACAACCAUUCCAUUAUUCGCACGUGAGACGUCAACAUUAUAUAGAAUAAUUCCAAUUCCGUUUCAACAUAAUGAGGAAAUGAUGAUACCAAUUAUUAGAGGAAGCUAUUUAAUUUACAAUUUCGGUUUAGAUGCAUACAAUUUAAUGCAACAAACGGAAUUGGAUAAAUGUGAAACAAGUCUGGAGAACCAUUACACAUGUAAAGGAAGCUGGCCAUGGAAACCAUCAUCAGACCAGUCAUGUGAAAUCUCGGUAUUACGUGGCAUGGCAACAAAGAACUGUCUCUUCAAAAAGGGUCAUUGGACUAGCUAUUGGAUAAAGCUUCAAAGUGGUAAUAGUUGGCUUUACAACAUUUUUUCAAAUGGAACUAUAGAUGUAGAAUGCAGUAAAUUAAAAGAAUUUUUCAACAUACCAUCGAAAGGAAUAAUGAAAUUAGGAGAAGGAUGCACUGGACGUUAUAAAGGAGUUAUUCUAACAGCUCCACAGCAAUAUUACACGCAAAUAUUAAUUGAGGCACCUAUGAAUCAACCAAUGAUGGAAAUAAAUGAAUUAUCUAUCCCUCAAGUAAUUGCUCAACCAGAGACCUUAACUACAAGUUUAAAAGACAUCAAAGAAUUGCAAGUCAUAGUGAAGCAACUCAAGAAAGAAAACAUAAAAUUAAAAGAAAUAAAAAUACAUCAUGUUACCGGACACAUAUCAUUGCUAUUAUUUAUAAUCGGCGUGCUAGCAGCAAUCUAUAUUUACUAUCGAUUGAAAACCAGGCGACGACUACAAGCUGCAAUCAAUUUCCCUGAAGUCACUUUUGCCGCCCGGGAGAAUGUUCAAAAUUGAACAUGUUCGUUGCUGCCAAAGGACGGACAACAACAUUAUAUUUAAAAACGUUUAUAUAUUAUUAAAUCUUACUAUUGAUACAGUCCACUAUUAUUAGAUAUCUAUGUUCAAAUAUAUUGAACAUACAUGCACAUAAACAUAAACACAUACUAAAAAUGCAUUGUCAUGCAAACCAAUAG